AUGGUUGCCCAGCCCAAGUACCGCAGAGAACCUGCACGUAUCAGGUCUCUGGCCAUACCAAAUUAUACCGAACAGGAUUCAGGAAAUUUCAACGCACUCUACGAAGCAGUAAAAAGCAAGGAGCAUGACCGUGUGCGCAAUCUUCUUGGAGUGUAUGCUCACUAUACCAUUGAGCUUGCUGAUUCGGACGGUUGUAAGCUAUUGUAUAUUGCAGCUGCCUCUGGUUGCACCCCCAUUGUCGAGUUACUUCUCCAACAUGGGGCCAAUGUGGAGUCUUUCAACAACUUGACGAAGUGCACGACGCUUUAUCAGGCCGUCGAAGGAGAGACAACCAAUGUCGAUGGAUUUACCCCAUUAUUCGCUGCCGUUAUGAAACGCGAUCUACAUCUUGCUGAACUGCUCCUAAGGCGCGGGGCAAGUAAAGCCAUUCUGCUCAACAGUGGCAAAGCAGUCGACUUGCUUGUAGAAGGAGACAAUGAAUUGAAAGAACUACUGCGUUCUCAUCAGGCAUACGAGGAGCUUCAUAUCCUGAACUCUAAUGAGAGAGCCAGCAAAGUUUUUGCUUGUCAUGAGUUUGAAGUUAAUAUCGUUGACUUUUUUGUUGCUGAUCGCGAGCAAAGAGUCCAUGUUACGAAGCCGAUCUAUGAGAUCCUUUACGGAGCCACAGGCCCACAGGCGAUAAUGGAUAAAUCAUAUUCUGACAAUCGUCCUCGCUUGAGAUGGUAUCAUCUCCCAGCAAACAAUAUGGAAUGGGUGGAGGCAUUGACAGCCCGUAUACUUCAAGACCGUGGUAUUACUUUGAUCAGUGAGUCGAGAUCUAAUCUUUCGCUAACGAAUUCUGCUCGCCGACAAUAUUGCACAACUACUGCCCAUUCUACUUUCAUGCGGCCAAUAUGCCGUGCAUUCGAGCAACCUGUAUCAAAAUUUGGAAUGUCAUCGGAUACGUUAGCUGUUGGUGAACAAGUUAUGAUAUUCAUGGCUAGGGCUAUACGACAAGUUAGAGAACGACAAGACUUGUCGAGUCCCCAGGCUUGCCAGAUAGACCAGGGAAACGCGAAUUCGGAUGAGAAGGUCUGCAUUGAAAAUUGUGAGACUAUGCAAAAACCAACUACAAGAAGUCGACUUCAGAUAUCUGUAGAAGAGAUUCUUCAUCAGCUUACUCGGAGUUUCAAAAAUAUGAGAAAAGGUAGAUCGGUGAAAUGGGAAGCUAAUACUGGUGAUCAUGAUAUGGAAAAGGGCGCACAUUGCAGGAAUUUUGAUAACAUUAAUCAGAAUCCCGAAUCAGAACCAAUUAAUGGACUGGGUGUAAAAAUUCAAAGAGCCAGUGAAACCACAGGUAAAGAUACGAAUGUUGCUGAUGAGAACAUACAUUCUCUUGGGAAUCAAAGAACCUUUGAAAUUCGACCUGAAAGUUACAGAAAGCAAGACGCUGCAAUUCAGCCAUCAAUAUCAGAGCAGAGAGGCAUUGAUGAACAUGGAGGAGGAGUUGGAGAUGCAGUAAAUGCAGGAGAGUCACUCAAACCAGAGGAAAUGACGCCUGACGAGUGUUUAAUCAACGGCUAUUUGCCACUGGGGAUUUCGGAACGAAUCCCUUCUAUUCAAGUACGACGGACUCUUGAUCAAUAUUUCUAUACCCAUCUCGAGAUAUCUGAAAACGUCUCUCAUUCGACCAGAGACAACGAUCAAAUAGUGUAUCGGUUUACAAAGAAUAGCAGUGACCCCAAAAUGUUUAUGGUAGACCAGCUGUGGCUCUGGAUUAUUAACGAUGAUACUGUAAUAAGCUGCUUCCCUCAACGCUGGGAUGCACAGAAUAUUGGGUUGCCGAAUCCGCAUGAUUCCACUGCUCGAAUUUGCUCCAAAAAAACUAUCACACAAGAGAAUCCAAAUCAUACCGUCAACAAUAAUUCUAACAAGAAUGAUGUGCCUACAUCAAACACGGAGAGUCUUCACAAUAAGCCUAGCGACUUUGAUGGGGGGAAUCAAUUCCAAGUGCCUCGAGAUAAGAGCCCAUUGGACGUGCAUCAAAUGAUUUUGAGACACCUGCAAAAGUCGUCUCGGCCUUCAAUUGAAUCUGCAUACCAGCUGGCAAAACUGAUCACGGAUAUGUGUGCAAACGUUUUCAAUCCUCACGAAAUCCCGGACGAGUUUCAGUUUUUCGAGUUCUUUGAGCGCUCUAUCGGGUCGUUGAUUGACAAAGAAGCAAAGUGCUAUUUGGAGUUUGCUCACACGCUAGACCGCGCAAACGCGGCUAUUGGGAACCCAGAAAAGCCAUCUUUCAACAUCACAGCGGAGACUCAUUUAUUGGUGGAAAUAAAGGAUAUCCGUGAUGAGCUUGGAAUUUUGCGCAUGGUUCUGACAGACCAACUGAAUGUUAUGAAUGAUUUCGCAUCAGUUGUAGCCAGAGGCCAUGCCCGAGUACAAGAAAGUAUUCAGGCAGGGAAAAUUGCUGCAAUGCCAGAGACAAAACCUGAUGUGAAUCAAAGUCUAGACAAGCCAGAAUUAUCGCUUGACUUGGUCAUUCCAGAUGAAGAGAAUAACGGCAACAGGGACAAAGGUAAAAGCCAAUCUGGCGAAUUUAUGGUGGAAAAAAAUAAAGUGAUCGAGAAUCAUUUGCAUAGAAUUGAUCACAUGGAUCAAUUGGCAGAGAAGACAUAUAUCGCACUCAACCACCUCCUCGAUCUCAAACAAAAGCAAGCCAACAUAUCAGAGGCUGACUCGGCGAAUAGACAAGCAACCGAAAGUUUGGAGCUUGCGAGAUUUGCACAAGUGCAGGCUGAUCAAGGUUCGCAACAAGGGAAGACUCUCAUGAUCUUUACAGUGGUCACUAUUUUGUUUCUACCGUUAUCGUUCGUAGCAGCAUUUUUUGCUAUAGAAAUGGACAAAUUCCCCCUGGAUCAUAAUGGGAAGCUGCCCAUGAGCUAUGUUCUCAAGUACAUGUUAGGAACUUCCUUCGCGGUGUCGGUACCUCUCAUUCUACUUGCCUUCAAUCAUGGAAGAGUAUCCCGGUGGCUAGCAACAUACACCACAAGAGUCGCAAAUCCCUGA